GUUCGAUGCUUCCAGAAGCAAGUACUUUGACGAAGAUGACUCAGAGUCCUUGGAUGAAGAUGAUUUACUAAAUGAGGAAGAUGCAAAGAACAUUGGAGGUAUCACUAUGAUUACCUGUGGUAAGAGCAAGACCAAGAAGAAGAAGGCUUGUAAAGAUUGUAGCUGUGGUAUCAAAGAGGAAGAAGAGGCCGAAAUCGAUAACAUUCGGAGUCAGCAGGACACUGUUGUUAAGUUUACUGAAGAUGAAUUAACAGAAAUCGAUUUCACAAUUGACGGUAAGAAAGUUGGUGGCUGUGGCUCAUGCUCUUUAGGUGAUGCUUUCAGAUGUACAGGUUGUCCAUACCUAGGUCUUCCAGCAUUCAAACCAG